AUGUUCGAAGAGAGUGGAAUACUGCUUGCGAAAAACAAGAGUACCGGCCAGCUGGUGAAGCUUAGUCCAACAGAGCGAGAGGAAGGCCGACAUGCCAUCCAUAGGAAUGAGAUCACAUUUGAUCAAUGGUUAAAGAGGGUAGAUGCAGACUCUGAGGCAGACACUGGAUUAAGCAGCGAAGAAUUCCAAGCGCCUACUUCCGAUGGCGGGUUGGAAAUCACCGAAGCGCAGUUCCUCCCAGCAUCGGAGUGGCUACGACGUGCGAAGAUGGACGAGAUAAUCAUGUUCCCUCCCCAGGUGCUAUUACUGAGCUUCGUCGCGCAGUUUCUCGAAAGAGCAGGUGAAAGGACACCGAUACCGGCAGCAGAGUCAUACAAACGACGAGAAGAGCUGAUCAAGUUUAUUCACUCGGGUAACCCUGCAUGGUCUCAUAAAUUCAUUUCCCCACGGCCGUUGGGUAGCAUGCCUGAUGGCAGGUUGAUUAUGGAUUUAAACUACCCGGGUCAGGAACUGGAAGGAACUGGCAAAAGAGGGGAUCCAGAAAGGGUUAUCCUGGUGAAGUUCAAAAAAGAAGGGCCCAGAGGAGUAGAAGUACGAUGGCUCAGCGAGGUUAAACCUCAUCUGCAAGACCAUAAUAGCUCGCUCUAG